ACCACUUCAGCAAUGCUUUUCUCUCUUCAUCUUCCUACAGUCUCCUGCUCUUACUCCAAUACCUCAAAUCUGAACUCUUUCUCUUCAUCUUCCUCGUAUCAAAACCCUUCUCUGUACCUGAAAUUCAGAACCUCGCACCGCGAAAAUCUCCGGUACCUCAAAGCCAUAGGCGUGAUUGAUCCCAACACAAAGCCUCACAAGCUUCCUUCUCCAGAUGUUGUCACACACCUCUUUUCAAUCAUACACUUCCUCAAAUCCAAAGGCAUUCUCGAUACCGACUUGUCGCGUAUAGCAUACUUAUGCCCUCAGCUUUUCACCAUCAACUUCGACCCUUCUGAGAUCGAACCUGUUUUCGAAUUCUUGAUCUCAAACUUACAAGCUACGGUUCCAGAAAGGCGCGGAUUGAUAGUGAACUGCCCUUACAUUCUUCUUUCAGACGUGGAAUAUUGUCUACAGCCAACUCUCAACUAUCUAAGGCAAGUUGGGGUGAAGAAACUGAAUGUGGCCAGUAAACUGAAUGCACAUCUUUUGAACACAAGAGUGGAGAAGUUACGGAAGACGUUGAAGUUCUUGAAAAGCACAGGGAUGAGUCAUGGAGAGGCGGCGGAAUUUUGCAGGAGAAUGCCGGCCAUUUUUGGGUAUGAUAUUGAGGAUAACUUGAGGGUUAAGUUUGAGUUUUUGGUGGAGGAGAUGGGGAGGAGUUUGGAGGAGUUGAAGGAGUUUCCUCAGUAUUUUGCCUUUAGUUUGGGGGAAAGAAUUGCUCCAAGACAUUGGCAUUUGAAGCAGAGAAAUGUUCAUAUUAAGUUGAAUAGAAUGUUGCUGUGGAGUGAUAACAGGUUCUAUGCCAAAUGGAAGUAAAAUUUUGUUUCUUUUCUACGCUCUACAUAUAAUGAAAACUUUGGAUAGGUUAUUUAGAAUACCAUUCUACGCUAUUUAAUA